AGCUGAGUGGUAAAAGGGGGAGAAAUAAAUAAACAGGUUAACAAAACAGUAACAGAAAGGGAGGAGGGAGAGAUCGCAGUUUUUGUGCUGGGAGGAGUCGUUUCUUCCCAAACUAAGAUCCGUGUUGUACCCAGAGAAACCCCAAAUUCAUAUUCAUAAUUAUUAUUCCAUGUUUUUAAUUUACUGAUUUCUUUAUAUUUAUUUUUUCAUGUCUUUGGUUCUAUACUGAUCCUUCUCUGCAGUUUGUUUCUCACUAGAAAGUAGAAACCCUAAUUAUCAAUGAUUACCGCUGCUAAAUCUUCCUCCAAUCAUCACUCGCCAACCACUGCUCCGUCACCGGUGCCGUCUGGGCCGCGAAAAAACCUUCCCUCCCCGUGGGCUCAGGUCGUUCGCGGCGGCGACACGGACUUCACUGCCGCCGUCGGCAUUCAUGAAUCGCCACCAUCGUCAUCGUCCUCUUCCUCGUCCCUUGCUACCGGCGCUGCUGAACAAGCGCCUGCCGCCUCUGAACCAGCGCAGUCAUCAUCCCCGAAGGUGGUUCCUGCCUCGCCGCCGCCAGUGCAUAAUUCUAAUACCAUCGCUGUUGUAGAUAGCUCUGAUACUGGUGAUGGCAAUGCGGUUUGUUCUAAGAAGCCAGUGUGGAACAAGCCCUCAAAUGGCGUCGUUGAGGUCGGUCCUGUGAUGGGUGCUGAAUCAUGGCCAGCUUUGUCUAAACCCACCAAAGCUUCUGGUAAAUUGCCAGCUGAAUCCUCUUCCAAGACUGCUGUUGAUGGAUCACUCUCCACUUCCAUGGGGCCUCGAACUUUGCACUCCCCUCAGAAACAAGGGGCGAGCAAUAUAAAACCUAAUUCUGCCACAAAUCACAAUGUGCCUAAUAGACAAAGACCGAUGAGGCGGACGGGGGGCAGCAACAUUGGAUCUGGCCCUGAUCAGAGCAGCUACUCCAACCCUCCCCCACCACCGCCACCACCUCCAUUUCCUGUAUAUCAGCUCCCUCCAGUUAGUUAUGCUAAUAUGGUACCAAGUAUCCCUGACCCUUCUCGGCGAGAUCAUUACCGGAACAAUAACUGGGAUGCAAGACCAUUAGUUGGGGGUUUUGUUCCAAGGAUGAAUGAACAGCGGGGAUCCUCUCGCAGGGGUAAUUUUGGGGCCCAUCCACGAGGGGACAGUUCCUAUCAUAAUAAUCAUGGUGGCAGGCGUGAUCAGGAUCGUGAAAGUUAUGUGAAUCCUAGAGAUGCUCAUGUACCUCAGCCAAGGAUGCCUCCAAGAGGAUUAUUAAGGCACCCACCACCUAGUACUGCUGCAUUUGGGGGUCCUCAGCCCAUUGCGCCUUUUCCAAAUCCCAUUGGUUUUCCUGAGUUUUAUUACUUUCCAGCAGUGCCAUUGGAGCACUUUAGGGGUAUGCCAUUCUUCUCCCAAAACCCUUCUCCUGCAACAUUUUUCCCAGCUUCAGAACCUCCUCUUCCCAAUAUGAUAGUCAAGCAAAUUGAUUAUUAUUUUAGUGAUCUUAAUUUAGUGAAAGAUGAGUAUUUAAGGUCCAACAUGGAUGAACAGGGUUGGGUUCCAAUUACGUUGAUAGCAAACUUUCCUCGGGUUAGGAGUUUGACAAGCAACAUCCAGUUAAUAUUGGAUUCGUUAAGAACUUCUACUGUUGUGGAAGUGCAGGGUGACCUGUUGAGGAGGCGUAAUGACUGGAUGAGAUGGCUUCCCUCUGCUCAGCUUCGGGCUGAUUCUAGUUCUUUAGCUCCGGGUAGAUCAAGAUAUGCUAACUUGGAAGCUGAUUUCCAAACUCUCUCCGUGGAAGAAACAACUAAUGAUGAAGGUCCAAAGACUUUUAGUCAGUCUCAACUCCCAAAUGGCAGUGAUGCUGCAGGGAACAACAACUAAAACUCUACUGACAUAAUCUUCUCCCUGAAUUUACUUAGCCUUGUCUAGUGUUCAGUAUUUGGCCCUGCGUGAUUCAUAAUUUUGAGAGUUUUUCUUCCCUCUUUUUUGGAGGUGAUGGGGUGAUGGGAAUAGAGGCUGUGUGGAAGUUCCUUCUUUCUACAGUCAUGAGCUCAAUUUUGAUAGUAAUUGAGUCAAGUAGUGCAAACAAAUAAGAAUUUUUUGCUAUUAUUUUGGUCUACAAAUAGGAGAAAUUAACAACAAAAUUUCGGAAUUUUGGUUGAAAUGGAUUUUUUUGAGAUUA